AUGGCGCGGGUUGCAGAGAGAGAGAGAAGCAUGCAGCGACGAACGGGGAAGGCCCCUCGUCUCCGCGAUGAAUGGGGAAGGACACUCUCUCUCUCUCUCUCUAUCCUCUUUCUCUCUCUAGGAUCUCAUCUCCUCGCCGGAAGAGCUCCGAUUCGAUUCCCGCCGCCGACGAAGCGCCGACGAAGGAAUGGGGAAGAAGGAGAAGAAGCGAGAGCUCAUGCGCUUGGAGCGCGAGUCCGUCAUCCCCAUCCUCAAGCACCGCCUCGUCGCCGCCUUGUCCAGUCUCAUCGAGCGGAAAGCCGAUCGGCCUGAGUUUGUAAAGCUCUGCGGUCGUGUGGAGUACGCCAUUCGCGCUUGGUACAAUCUUCAAUUCGAGGAGAUGAUGUAUUUGCACUCCUUUUUUGAUCCGGUUCACGGGUUGGAGCAGCAGAAUCUGACUCCGGAAGAUAUAGAUUCAUCGGAAGAGAAAUUAUUGACUGACUUGCUGCAGGUCAUGGAAAAGAGCAACUUCAAGAUACUUACUGAUUAUGAGAUUAAUGUUGCUCUGUCUGCACAAUAUCGCCUCAAUCUGCCAAUCAAAGUUGAUGAAUCGAAGCUUGACAAAAAGCUUCUGAGAAGGUACUUCUCUAAGUAUCCUCAUGAUGAUCUUCCAUUCUUUGCUGAUAAGUACAUCAUUUUCCGACGUGGAAUUGGAAUUGAUUGUAGGACUGAUUACUUUUUCAAAACGAAGUUAAACACCAUCAUUGCACGUUGGUGGAGACAUUUUCUGAAGUACACUGGAAUCAAAAGAGUUUUUUUCAGAAAGUCAAGUGCUCAAUCUAAUAUUAAUCCAAGAGGACGUGUUCAAAUUAACUCUGAAGCAGAGCCUGACAACUUAUACAUUGAGCGCAUCCGUAUUGAAAACAUGAAACUCAGUAUUUCUAAUCUGCUCAGCAAGAACACUAUCCAAGAACCUACCUUUGAGAGGAUAAUUGUUCUUUACAGGCAAGCAAGCGAUGAAGCAGAUAUGGAUAGGGGAAUAUAUCUGAAGCAUUUCAAGAACAUUCCAAUGGCAGAUAUGGAGAUUGUACUUCCAGAAAAGCAAAUUCCAAGCUUAACACCAGUGGACUGGGUCAAAUUUGUUGUUUCUGCUGUGAUUGGUCUGGUUACCGUCUUGACUUCCCUUCAAAUGCCAAAAGCUGACAUUCGGAUCAUUUCCGGCAUCCUAUUUGCACUUGUUGGAUAUUGUGUAAAAACAUACCUCACGUUUCAGAAAAAUGUGGUUGCAUAUCAGAACCUAAUUGCCCGUUCUGUUUAUGACAAACAACUUGAUAGUGGAAGAGGCACCCUUCUUCAUUUGUGUGACGACAUGAUCCAACAGGAAGUAAAAGAGGUGAUUGUUUCAUUUUUCAUAUUGAUGCAAAAAGGAACAGCUACAAGACAGGAUAUUGAUCUGCACUGCGAAGAACUUAUAAAAAAAGAGUUCAAUGUGAAUUGCAACUUCGAUGUGGAUGAUGCUGUUAAGAAAUUAGAAAAAUUAGGCCUCGUAGUUCAGGAUGCAGAUGGAAAUUAUUCCUGCGUAGAGUUGAAACAUGCUAACAAGAUCAUCGGCACCACUGCAGAGGAGGUUGUUAUGAAGGCCAGGGAGGGUGCUGGCAUCCCUUGACAUGUUCCCGGAAUGUAAAAAUAUUGCCCUUUUUUGUUAAUUUUUGUUUCUUUUUGGCCAGUUGUACACAUUUUAAUUAAUAGCGGCAGACCUAGGAAGUUUGUUGGCACCUUCGCUUGUAUCAUGUGCUUAGCAAAGCACCACUGGAAACUGAUGGUUAGAAGGUAAUGAAUGUGGUUUCAUGAUU